AUGAAGCGAUUUUCUUACAAUCCCCUCGACCCGCUCAUAGACGGAAUUCGACUUCUGCAUCUAUUGCCUGGUAAUUGUACUCAGCAACCUCGUUGCUUUCUCAAGCAUGCAAUGUUCGGGGAACGUCCAAAGUACAACGCUGUUUCCUAUACUUGGGGUAAUGAAGCUGAUCAACAACCUAUUGUUAUUGAUGACCGAUAUUUUCUUGUAACAAAAAAUCUGUACAAAGCACUUAUCUGCUUGCAACAGCAAAAUGUUACAGAAUCUGUUCUUUGGAUCGAUGCUAUAUGUAUCAACCAAGACGAUAUUGCGGAGCGGAAUCGUCAAUUGACUAUCAUGCCUUAUAUCUAUGAGCGUGCAAAACUUGUGGUAGUUUGGUUAAGAAACGAUGAGCUUAUAUCACCACCGAUUUGGCCAGACCCAGAGAAGAUAUCGCCAUUUGAAUUUUCAGGACAUACUCAACAAUAUAGAGAUCAAAGAUCACUAUUCAACUACCUGAUGGUCAUAUGCUCAAAUGAAUACUGGGAGCGACUUUGGAUUGUCCAAGAAAUCGGAAAAGCCAGAAAACUCAUCAUCUCCUUUGGACAGGAACUAAUAGACUGGCAACGAUUUGUGGAAACCAUCACUCUUGACUGGCCAUACCCUGCAUGGAUUACGCAGGAAGUAAUGGAAGAAAGCGCGUUAUCUCAGACCGUUCCAUGGAAUCUGUAUUAUCAAUUAAGAAACAAAUACGAUGGUGGCCAUAAGCUACAGAACCUUAUGGCAAAUCAUCGUCAAGCUUUGUGUAAAGAGCCAAGAGAUAAAGUAUAUGAGUUGAUUGGUUUGGCCACAGAUUGCUAUGCUGGAUUCCCUAUGGAUUAUCGGAAACCCCUCUACGAAGUCUGGAAGGAUACAGUACUUUUUAGAAAUCUCGAUACUCGAGUUCACCAGAGUGAUAUCUUGAAUUUUGGUAAAUUAGUUCGGGACUCUCUAGGUGGCCCUAAUAUCACGACAAUGAAAGAAAUUGCGGAUGAUGUCUAUUUGAAAAUACCUCAGAAGUUAAACUUUGAACGGCAUCUCGGAGUUAGCAACCCUACAGUGUUGAAAGUUCCAGCUCGUUUGGUGGGACGAAUUAUACAUUUGGGACCUUCGUAUGUACAAAUCAUGACUGAACUUUCGAAGACUGCAGAUUGGAGAUUGAGUAUCCAGAAUAAUUUGCCAGAAAGACUUCAGCCCAGCGUUCAAGAAGAGAGUGAUCUCUUCUUAGAGUUGCUAGAAGAUUUGGAUGAGACUGACCUCAAAAUCGUGUCGACAUGUGGCUCUGAAGUUUCCUGGCUUUGUCAAGAUUUUCCAGGAGAUAUUUCCUCACCGUACAGAAAACACGACAAGCGAGAUAUAGAGAAUGAGUCUCUAUUGCGCGACUCGACUUUGAAUACAUCGUCAGAAAGGUCUGAGCUUUUUCCCGCGUCGCCAGUAAAAGGAGGUCGUUUAUUCCUCUUGGACCACUCUUUCGAAAGUCUUCCAGUUGAAAAUGAUGCAGCUUCAAACAUGGGCCUCGGACCGUCAGCGGCUCGUGUAGACGACUACUUGUGUGAAAUUGAUGGGAUUACAAAGGCCGCAGUCAUAAGGAGAACGAAAAAUAAAUUAAGCUUCAUUGGAACUGCUGGCUUAGCACAACAACCACAACAUGCACGAAAAAGUAACAAUUCUACACUCGAAGGAACCCCAUCCCCAUUUGGCCUGCCGAGCUUCAAAAAUUUGACGUCGGAUCAAACGGUAGAUUUGUACCUUUAUGUACCAUUGGCAUACCAGCUCUUGGAUUAG